AUGUCGUCUUCACAAAACGGCACCGCAAAUGGUGUCAACGGUGGCACCCAGUCUGGCCCGGUCAGCACCCGAUUUACCGAUAUUCCUUCCGCUAUCGACAUUCCCGUGCAGGGCGACCAGGAGGACGAAGCUGUCGAAAUCGAUCUCGAGGAUCUCGUCGACGACCCUACCGAACUCUGUACUCUCUUCGAAAACGAACGCGCCGCCAAAACUUACUGGAUGACGGUCGCUCUAGCUUAUGCUAAACAACACAAAAUCGACCAUGCCAUCGAGAUGCUCCAGCGAGGCGGCAGUGCCAUCCAAAGCAACAGCUCCAACCCGCGCGAUAAAGUCAGCAUGAUCUGUUGUCUGUGCUGGAUGUACUUGUGGAAGAGCAGAGAGGCUCCCCGUGUCGCGCCCGAGGGCGUACCAGCCUCCGAGGCCAAGACUAAGGAGUACUACCUUCAGCUGGCAACGUCUUCCCUAAACGACGCCGCCCGACUCAACCCAUCGUUCCCGCCCAUUUUCCUAGCUCGCGGUGUUCUCCUACUUCUACGGGCUUCCCUGCAAGCACCAUCCAAGACAGCUGGAGGCAUUGGCUCUGAAAAGCACGAGCUUUUGAAGACUGCUGUCAAGUCCUUUGACGACGCUCUACGAGUCUCCCAAGGAAAGAACAUGCUUGCGCUAAUGGGCAAAGCGCGCGCUUUGUUCUCGAUGCACAAAUAUCCUGACUCGUUAGCAAUCUACCAGGAUGUUUUGCAGAAGAUGCCUGAUUUGGUUGACCCAGAUCCUCGUAUCGGCAUUGGCUGCUGUUUCUGGCAGCUUGGCUUCAAGGACGAUGCCAAGAUGGCCUGGGAGAGAUGUGUCGAGAUCAACCCUAAUUCCAAGGUCGCCAACAUCCUUCUUGGCCUCUAUUACUUGGAUGCGAGUGGUCAUGUACCAGUAAACAGCGAUGAAUUUCUGAAGCUUUACAAGAAAGCUAUGACGGAAUACACACAAAAGUCCUUCAAGCUUGACAAGGAUUUGCCCCUUACCUGCUCUACUUUUGCCAGCUACUUCUUGUCUAGAAAAGCGUGGGGCAACGCUGACAAGCUUGCACACAAAGCUAUUCAGUAUACAGACGUCAAUGCCAUUGCCAGUGAUGGCUGGUAUUUGCUUGCGAGAAAGGAGCAUUACGCUGGUGAUACUGAACGUGCGACAGAUUACUAUCGGCGUGCUGAUGAAGCUCGUGGAGGAACUGAGACAGGCUAUCUCCCUGCCAAGUUUGGAGUUGCCCAGCUGUCCGUGCUCAAGAACGAUCUUGGAGAAGCUAAGCUUCGUCUCGAGAAGAUGAUUCAACAGUCCAAGAACCACGAAGCAAUGAUUCUUCUGGGUACACUGUACGCCGAGGAAGUCUUCGCCAACCAGGUCAGCGACAGCAAGGAGGACAAGUCCGCUGAACUUAAGAAAGCCAUCACACUCCUUGAGAGUGUUCGCAAUGCCUGGAAGGACCCCAAAAAGACACUGUCUCCCGAUCCAUCAGUUCUCCUCAACCUUGCACGUCUGUAUGAGACGGACCAACCCGAUAAGGCGCUGCAAUGCUUACAGCAAGUUGAGCAGCUGGAGCUAGACCAAAUCCCCGAAUCGGAACAACCCGAGGACGUUACAGACCCAGCUGAGGUCAAGGCCGCACUUCGCAAGUCUCUCCCGCCUCAAUUGUUAAACAACAUCGGCUGCUUCCACUCGCAAGCCGGAAAGCACGAACUUGCCAGCGACAUGUUUGAGGCCGCCCUUGGUGCUUGUAUCAAAAUUGGCGAGAAGGACCCUGAGAUGGACACAGAUGCUUUGGUAUCCACCAUCAGCUUCAACCUGGCGCGAAGCUAUGAGUCCCGAGGCCUUACAGACAAGGCCGUUGAGGUGUACGAGGGUCUUCUGGCCCGGCAUGACGAUUACACGGACGCUCGCGCCAGACUUGCCUAUAUCAAGCUUCGCAGGAACCCGAACAAGGAGGGACCCGACGCUGUUGCCAAGUUGUAUCAGGAGAACAAUACCGAUCUCGAGGUCCGCGCCUUGUACGGCUGGUAUCUUGGUAGGGUUCACUCAAGGAAGCGCACAGCUAACCUUAACGAGGAUCCCGAGUUCCGCCAUUUCAAGCAUACCUUGCAGAACUAUGACAAGCAUGACAGGCACGCAUUGGUGGGCAUGGGUAAUUUGUAUCUCAUGCAUGCCCGAGAGAUGCCUCGUGGAUCGGAUUCAGAAAAGCAAAAGCGAAGCGCCACAUACGGCAAAGCCGUUGAAUUUUUUGAGAAAGCUCUGUCACUGGAUUCAAAGAACGCUUACGCUGCGCAGGGUGUUGCCAUCGCUCUUGUUGAGGAUAAGAAGGACUACAAGUCGGCGUUGGGUAUCUUCAACAAAGUGCGAGAAACUGUCAAGGAUUCUCACCUCUACGUCAACCUGGGACAUAUCUUUGCGGAACUCAGACAAUACUCAAAGGCCAUUGAGCACUAUGAGAUGGCUCUCUCUCGAGACGGAAAGGCCAAUGACCCAGUAAUCCUCGCGUGCUUGGGUCGAACGUGGCUAAACCGUGGCCGGACUGAGCGCGAUGUGGAUGCCUAUGGCAAGGCACUUGAGUGUGCCGCAAAGGCUCUUGAAGUUGCCCCCGAACAGGUGCACUAUAAGUUCAACGUUGCUUUUGUACAGAUUCAGCUUGUCACAUUGGUUCAAGGACUGCCAGAGAACAAACGCUCAACAGAGCAACUCGAAAAGGCUGCCGAGGGACUUGAGGCUGCUAUUACAUCAUUAGACGAAAUCGCAAACCAUCCUCAGACUCCUUAUCCUAAGAAUGAUGUUGAGCAGCGUGCCAACAUGGCCCGUAAUACAUUGCGCAAGCAGCUUGAGCGAGCCAUUGGCAAGCAAAAGGAGUGGGAGGAGAAGAACAAGGAGAAAAUACAAGCAGCCAAGGAGCAGCGAGAGCUAGAGCUCCGACAUCGUGAAGAAGAGCGUCAAAAGAUUCUGGAUAAAGAACGUGAGCGACAAGAAAAGAUCAAGAAGGAGCGUGAGACAAUUGCUCAAAAAGACAGAGCUCUGGCCGAGAAGCGAGCUGAAGAGGAGCGUGCUCGCGCCGAGGCCGAGAUGACGACCGACAGCGAGACAGGUGACAAGGUGAAGCGAAAGCGGAAGACUGCCCCUAGAGCUUCAGGGGAACCUAAACCCAAGCGAUCAGGAGGAAAGAAGAAGAAGAAGAGCGAGCGUCAAGAUGACGAGUCUGAAGAAGAGGAAGAGCGUACCAAGAAGCGCCGCCGCCUUACAAAGAAGGAGUCGGCCAAAUACAAGUCGGCCGAGAUUGUUGUGGACAGCGACGAAGAGAAUGGUAACGACGACGACGAUGAGCUUGAACGUGCUGAGAGAAACAUCGACCGAGACGAGACUCCCCUGUCUGAGGCUGAUGAGAAGGCCUUUGAGGACGACGACAAGAUGGACGUCGAUGAUGGUGCUAACCAAGGAGGUGACGACGAUGAAGAGGAAGAAAUCGCACCACGCCAACAGCACAAGCGAGCUCGCCGCGGUCGUGUCGUCGACAGCGAUGAGGAGGACAACGACGAUGACGAGGCGUCUGCACGAGCCAAGAGUGCAUCGGCUGCUGAGGAUGAUGAAACUCGUCUGGCGGCAGAUACCAGUAUGGUGGAGGCCGACGAAGACGAGGAGUAA